AUGGACCUUUUUGGUCUGUCCUGUGUUCCUGUCCUGCCACCUCGCCGGGGUUCCUUCUAUGUGGAGAGUGGGACAGGCGUGUCAGUCGGCAGUGUGUUGGCCUUCUGGUGCAGAGAGGGGUACCAGCUGGUCGGCAGUGACAAAAUCUACUGCGAUGUCAGAAGAGGCAAGGCACAGUGGAGCAACUACCUGCCUGUUUGUGAAGCAAUCCCUAGACCAGAAGACCGUGGACUGAGAGUUGCCGUGUUGGCUUCGGUGGUGAGUGGCAUCGUCAUUUUUGCCAUGUCCUUAUCCUUCCUCGUCUGCUGCCUGCAGGAGCGAUCGGGUCGAGACCGUGCCAAAAAAGAUGUGCGAAGCAGACGCAGAGACAAGCGAUCAAGUCGCCGUAGUGACUGCUGGUUGGAGACAGAGGAAGGCGAGUGGGAGGCCUUUCCUCCUCCUAAGAUCUUCCACUUGUCCCAAAGAAUGAAUCCUCGUCUGGCCCCUGACAGCCCCCUCUACCUGACAGGAGGCCUAAGUGGAUACGAGAACAGAGGAUACCAAAGGAGUCAGGAAAGUUUGCUGAAGGCCUCUAUGCCAGGACUGUACCGCUCCGAGUCUCAGCUGUACCCACACGUCGUCUUACAGAGGGUCCCGACCCCGACUGCGCCCUCUGCGCCAUCUGCUCCGUCUGCUCCUGUCUACCUCCAUCUUCCCUCCUCAUCUUCAGCCACCUCGCCGGCACACACCGCUACUCAGAGCCAACCGCGGAUCGUGACGCAGUACCCAACGCCGACCUAUCCGCCAAACCCCACCACAGCUGUGCCCGCCUAUCCCCAUCCACUGCCGGCGCCUAUUUAUCCCCACCCCAACCUGCCACCGCAGAGACCGUGGCAUUAG